GGGCGGGGCCCCCCGGAGGGGUGGCGCGGCGGGGUGGCCGCCCUGCCCCCGCCCCGCCGGGACCCGAGCGGGGCCGGAUCGGAGGGGCCGAGGGCAGAGAGAGGGCUGGAGGAUGGGGGUCGCUGCCCCCUGCCCACCCCGGGACGGGCGAGGCGCGGGCUGGGCCCCGGGAGCGGCUCCUGAGCCUGGAGACCCCCCCUCCCGGGUCCUUCCCCCGCGGCGCCCCGGGCAGUGCUGCCCGUCCCCGCCGCUGACCCCGCCGCCGAAGGUUCCUAUUCGGGACAAGUUGAGCCACUUUGCCCAGAUUCCUGAAGGCAUGGGUUGGCCGGGACGGUGGUGACCCCCUCUCCCCAAUCCGGCAUGGAGGACUGGAAGGCCGGCCCCCUCAUCAAGCCCUUUGGGGCUCGGAAGAAGCGGAGCUGGUACCUGACCUGGAAGUAUAAACUGACAAACCAGAGGGCCUUGAGGAGGUUCUGCCAGACAGGGGCUGUGCUUUUUCUACUGGUGACUGUCAUUGUCAACAUCAAGUUGAUCCUGGACACCCGGCGAGCGAUCAAUGAGGCCAAUGAUGACCCAGAGCUGGAGCAAAACUAUGAUGAGGCCCUGAACCACUUGGAGCCUUCACGUCGCAGAGGCAGUGGUACCCAGCGGGUCCUGGACGUGGAAGUGUACUCAAGUCGCAGCAAAGUCUAUGUGGCAGUGGAUGGCACCACGGUGCUGGAGGACGAGGCUCGGGAGCAGGGCCGGGGCAUCCAUGUCAUUGUCCUCAACCAGGCCACGGGCCACGUGAUGGCAAAGCGUGUGUUUGACACAUACUCCCCCCACGAGGAUGAGGCUAUGGUGCUUUUCCUCAACAUGGUUUCACCCGGCCGAGUGCUCAUCUGUGCUGUCAAGGACGAGGGCUCCUUCCACCUCAAAGACACGGCCAAAGCUCUGCUGAGGAGCCUGGGCAGCCAGGCUGGCCCUGCCCUGGGCUGGAGGGACACCUGGGCCUUCGUGGGACGAAAAGGAGGCCCUGUCCUUGGGGAGAAGCAUUCUAAGUCGCCUGCCCUCUCCUCCUGGGGGGAUCCAGUCCUGCUGAAGACAGAUGUGCCCCUGAGCUCAACUGAAGAGGCAGAGUGCCACUGGGCAGACACGGAGCUGAACCGUCGGCGCCGGCGCUUCUGCAGCAAGGUGGAGGGCUACGGGAGCGUGUGCAGCUGCAAGGACCCCACCCCCAUCGAGUUCAGCCCUGACCCUCUCCCAAACAACAAGGUCCUGAAUGUACCUGUGGCUGUCAUUGCCGGGAACCGGCCCAAUUACCUGUACAGGAUGCUGCGGUCCCUGCUGUCGGCCCAGGGGGUGUCUCCUCAGAUGAUAACCGUUUUCAUCGAUGGCUACUAUGAGGAGCCCAUGGAUGUGGUGGCACUGUUCGGUCUGAGGGGCAUCCAGCAUACUCCCAUCAGCAUCAAGAAUGCCCGCGUGUCUCAGCACUACAAGGCCAGCCUCACUGCCACGUUCAACCUGUUUCCGGAAGCCAAGUUUGCGGUGGUUCUGGAGGAGGACCUGGACAUUGCUGUGGACUUUUUCAGUUUCCUGAGCCAGUCCAUCCACCUGCUGGAGGAGGACAGCAGCGUGUACUGUAUCUCUGCCUGGAAUGACCAGGGCUAUGAACACACGGCUGAGGACCCGGCACUGCUGUACCGCGUGGAGACCAUGCCUGGACUGGGCUGGGUACUCCGGAAGUCCUUGUACAAGGAUGAGCUGGAGCCCAAGUGGCCGACGCCAGAAAAGCUCUGGGACUGGGACAUGUGGAUGAGGAUGCCCGAACAGCGCCGAGGCCGAGAGUGCAUUAUCCCUGACGUCUCCCGGUCCUACCACUUUGGGAUCGUGGGCCUCAACAUGAACGGCUACUUUCAUGAGGCCUAUUUCAAGAAGCACAAGUUCAACACUGUUCCAGGUGUCCAGCUCAGGAACGUGGACAGCCUGAAGAAGGAAGCGUAUGAAGUGGAAAUUCACAGGUUGCUCAGCGAGGCUGAGGUUCUGGACCACACCAGGAACCCCUGUGAAGACUCCUUCCUGCCAGACACAGAAGGUCACACCUACGUGGCCUUCAUCCGAAUGGAGAAAGACGAUGACUUCACCACCUGGACCCAGCUUGCCAAGUGCCUCCAUAUCUGGGACCUGGAUGUGCGCGGUAACCACCGGGGCCUGUGGAGAUUGUUUCGGAAGAAGAACCACUUCCUGGUGGUGGGGGUCCCUGCCUCCCCCUACUCAGUGAAGAAACCGUCAUCAGUCACCCCCAUUUUUUUGGAGCCACCCGCAAAGGAGGAGGGAGCCCUGGGAGCCGCAGAACAGGCAUGAGCCCUCCGGGACCCUGCGAGGCUGGGUACUGUGUACCCCCUGGCAGGCCAGCCCUCCACCCCAUCCUGUAGGAUUUUGUAGACACUAGCAGGGGCUGGGCUGGUUUGUUUUUAACAUGAGACUUAAUUACUAACUCCAAGGGGAACGGUUCCCCUGCUCCACACCCCUCCCCCCCAACUCCACCCCUGUUCCUGAGUUUGGAGGUCUAUUUAUUUACUCCCUUGUUGGGAACGGGCAGGAGAAGUUACCUGGGGGUCGCCAGGACCCCCUGACAGUGGCUCCUGCCCUUCAUACACGCCCUCCUCCAGGCCUGGCUCCGAUCUAACCUAUUUAUUGACUGUGGCGAGGGCCUGGGAGACAGGCAGGCGCCUGAAGCGCCCUUGCUCCCUUUCUGGACUGGGUGCUGCCCUGAGGGUAGGGCUGGCUCUUACUCAGGAAACUGCUGUGCCCGCCCUGUGGACAGGCCCAGCUGGGGCCCACCUGCUGAAGCAGACACACUCAGAGACCCUCAGACACUGAAAUAGGCCACUUCUCAGCCUCUUCUUUGUCCAGGUUUCCAAAGCUGGAUGAGGUGGUCAUUGAUUAAAAAAGGAUAAAAACCUC